AUGCAUUUCAACAACCUUGCUAUUGCGCCUCUUCUCCUCGCGGGGGCGGCUUCUGCUCUGCCCCAGCAGAUGCCCUUGGGCGACGAGGCUACUUCCCAGGAUGUCUACUCUCUGGCCAAACUCUUGGAUUCUGUUACUCAAUACCUGGGUAAACAUGAUGGCGCAUCCGACUCCAUCUACACCGCUACUGAUAAGAAGCUGAGUGCCGAAGUCGACUGUGAAGGUCUUCCUACCACUCAAGAGCAAAACCGCUGUCUGAAGGAAGGAGGAAUCAUGGUUUACGCUGAUAGCCACGAGCAAAUCAAGGCUCAGUUCUGUGACGCCGACUCUGAUACAGAAGCCUGCUACGCCCACGGUGGCUGGGCUGCUUCUAGCGCAAAGCACAACGCGGACAAACCUAAGGAUGUGUUGGAUGUCAAGGUGCACUGUGAGAAGCUUCCUACCACCCAGGAGCAAACUCGCUGCCUCGAGGAAGGCGGACUCAAGCUUCACGCUGACCACCACAAGGCCAUGAAGGCUGAGGUCUGCGAGCUUGUUUCCAACAAGAAGGACUGUUACAAGUACGGUGGCUGGAUUGCCGCUGCUGACGCAGCCCUGGAUACCCAGAACGCUGGUGCUGAGGAUUACUGUGGAAUGAUGGGCAGUGAGCAGGAGAUUUCUCGCUGCAUCUCCGAGGGCGGAUACAUGGUGCAGGCCGACAGCCACCCCAAGGUCAAGGUGACUCUCUGCGAGCUCCUCAGCACCAAGGAGGAGAUGGAUGCCUGCUAUGCUGAGGGUGCCUGGUUUCCUUCUUCUGCCAAGUCGCAAGAUAUCUUUACCCCCAGCUCUAAGAGCAAGGGUCACUCCAAAGCCACCAAGGCCAAGACUCACUCUAAGUUCGAGGGUGGUAUUGGGCCCUUGCACUACUCCUUUGGCAGCAAGCUGAAGUUCAAGUACAGCCCGUAA